AUGGCACACAAACCACUUCCGGAGCUACCAGCUCCCCUUGUCGAGCUGCCCAAGUACAUUUCUCAGCAUCCAGAGAAGCCCGUGGCCCAGAUUCUCGAGCCCUACCGCCAGUAUGAGGCUAGCCUCCGAUCACUGUUUGCGCAGGAUGGCAAGAAUCCUGUCCUCCAAGACCCUCAUAUCAAUGUGCUGCCUCUCUUCACCAACGAUACCAAAUCAAUCACUACUCGCGCCAGAGAUCUAUCCACCGAGUCAGCGGAGGAAAAGUCCAAAUACAUGAUGCCCUUGGCAGAGGACAAGCGCCGUGCGAAUGGAUCCCCGGCCACGGUUUCGGACCUUUCCGAGUUCCAGAAGAACUUCAACGUCUUCUCAGAGUCGUCGCUGGCAGAAAUGAAUUGGGAUAAUGUCGUGGCGGCAGGCUCCUCGGUUGUGAAUUGCCUGCUGCCCGUUCCUGACGAGUACAAAAUGCCCAAGCGCAAACUGCGCGAGUAUUAUCACGAGAAGUUUUGUCCCGCGUCGGACGUUGAUCUCUUCCUUUACGGUCUAAAGCCCGAGGAUGCGAUUGAGAAAAUCAAGCAGAUUGAGCAAGCGGUGCGAGAUGUUCUUCUGAAUGAAGUGACCGUGGUUCGCACCAGGUAUGCCGUCACUAUCGCCAGCCAAUACCCAGUGCGACAUAUACAGAUUGUGUUGAGGGUCUAUAGCUCAGUCAGUGAAAUCCUGACCGGCUUCGAUAUCGACGCCGCGGGUGGUGCCUACGACGGCAAGCAAGUUUAUGUCACACCCCGCGCCUUGGGCAGCUUCAUAACCCAGAUCAACCAUAUCGAUUUGAGCCGUCGAAGCCCUUCAUAUGAGAACCGCUUAUCCAAGUACUCUCACCGAAACUUCGAAAGGAGCUUUCAGAGAACACUCGGGUUGGCGCGUCUUCUGGUUCUCGAGAGCUUGCCAACCACCUCGGCUCGCCAGGAUUAUCUCAACAAACGACGUCGGGAGCGCGGGCGGCCAAUUGUACGGCAGAGUCGAUUCAAGCUGGGGGAAGGCAACAUCAAGGAUGAUUAUGAGGACGAGGUCGCUGAUUGGCUAUCAUCUGAGGAGGUUAGCAAUUAUCAUACCUUCUCCGUGCCGUACGGUCAGAGGUUCGACGCCAAGCGAAUCGAAAAGCUAUGCUACACACGAGAUCUGCUCCUCAAUGCCGAAUGGAAUCAGAAUGAUAAACGGGAGGUCUAUCUACAUCGACAUCCCGCCUUCUUCGGCCGUGUUGAGGACAUUAUCGAGGAUUGCUGCGGAUACUGCCCUGAACCUAUCACAGACGAGGAGAAGGAGGUUGCGGAGAGGGAAUCGCAGAUUUAUAUAUCUGGCAAGAUCUCGUUCUUGAUUGAUGACCCUGGCCGUCAGCAAAUAGGGUCCUUUAACCCUCUUACGGAGAAGGACUGGACCGAUAUGGCGUAUAUCGGGGAUACUGCACGUCUUUGUCAAUCCAUUGUCGAUGACCAGGUUGAUGAAAUUAAAGGAUGGACCUCACAAAUAGAUGCUGAUAUCAAUAAGCGGGACUAUACUGGACGAACACCACUGCAUCUGGCCGUCAUUUCAUCGACCCCGGACGUGGUACGGUGUCUGGUAGAAAGCGGCGCUCGUAUCACGGCUCGAUUAGCUGACGGUCGAACGGCGCUUCAUCUAGCGGCUGCGCGUAACAACACCGAGAUGAUUAAGAUCCUCUUGGAUAAGAGUGCCGAAAAUGAGGAGGCAGAUGCGGAUCGUGUGGAGAAGAAACGCCGAGACGCAAAGUCGGCCAAGUCGGAUCAUGAUGGGGACACCGAGAUGCAAGAAGACCAAGAAGACCGGAUUGACAUGGGUGACCAGGAUCAAGGCAUGAUGGAUACUGAGGAAGAAGAAAACGACGAGGAAGGUGACGAAGCCAGUUACAAUGAAGUCGACGUGGAUGAGGAUAAGGGUGAAGCAGGCGAAGAUUCCGACGGUGAGCUCAUCGACUCCGAAGAUAGCGAUGAUGGAGCGCCAACGGAGACGACAGGAUCGUUUGUUAAACUAAAGCGCGUCACCGAAUGUAUUGACCAGCUUUCCCUGGAGGAAUCUGAUUCAGGCCCGGACUACUACGACAUCGAUGUUCUGGCAUGGGAUGUCCCCUGCUCGCCGCUGCACUUGGCGAUUGCGGGUGGUCACGAAGACGCUGUCAAGGCCCUCUGUGACUAUGGCGCCGACUCAAUUCUCCCUGUCAAGUUCCUGAGUCAGAUUGAUGAUGACCAAACUGCCGCCAUCUUGACCCUGACACUCGCCCUCUCUCUACCUUCGGAGCAGGCCAUCUCCAUGACAAAGCUGCUCCUCACCCUUGGCGCCAUAUCAUCACAGGCCGAUGCGAACGGGGCUACUGCCUUUCACCGAUUCGUAGACAGCGGCAGGAAGGAUCUGGUCGACACCCUGCUAGAGCAGGAUAGGGCAGGAGUAAAGAUGGCCAUCAACCACAUGGUGAUGGCCGGGUCCACCUGGGACCCCGAGGCUAUAGCUCCUCUCCAUUCAGCCAUCGAACGAGGAGACUCCAUUCUUGUCCUGAAGCUUCUGAAUGCCGGGGCUGAGGCAACUGUCAAGUUUGAUGCGUGGCUGAAGGCUGCCAAAACAUCUGCCAGGAUAUCAUCCGAGCUGGGCACCUUUGACACCAAUCAGGAGUUGUACCGGAAGUUGCUGCAGCCCUUGUUUGCCGCCGUGCAGGCCGACAACCAUGAGGCUGCUGUCAAAAUAUUGGAGUCAGGCGCCGAUCCAAAUUCGUUGAAUGCAGAGACCCUCGAGCUGUUGGAAAACGAGUCUGACCGUCGAUAUUACACAGGUAUGUCGAUCUUGGACACUGUGGAAUCUCGAAUCAGUAAACUCCAGUCCAAGUUGAAGACAGCGGAGCGAGCACUUCACAGGGAGAGACCGGAGAAGGCCCCUGGAAUGGAAGAGUAUCUUGAUCGGUUUGAUCCAAACACCUACAGGCACUGGGCUGCUAGGCUAGAGAUUGCUUCUCAAAACAGGAGCUACAAAAUCCGCACGGAGCAGUACGAAGAACACCUGAAAAGCCGCAACGCGUUAGAGGACGCGGAGGAGGUAGACCGUCUGCAGGGACUGAUCACAGGGUUUACUGAUCUCAAAGAGAUUUUGAUAUCGAGGGGGGCCAAAACUUUUGCUAAGCUUCAUCCUAAUAUCAAAACAAGAGAGAAGAGUCCUCCCAUGUCUCCCACUCCCAGCGAAGAGGAUCAUGCAGAGGCCAAGAGACACUUCAUUUCCUUUCGCGGGGAUAAUACCAUAACUGAGAAGCGACGAGAGGGGUACAUUCAAUUAAUGGAAGCAGCCUUCGCCGGGAACCUAGAUGAGGUAAAGUCACUGACAAUGCAAGCAUGGGGCCCUGAACAGGAUGAGCCGCCUCUGCUGGCAAGUAUCCGAGACACUGCAGACAAUGGACCUUUCUCCCUCGCCUUUUUCCGUGGUCAUCAUGAAGUUGCUAAGGCUAUCUUAGAGAUUGUCAAGGCUCAAUGGUCACCGAAGAAGCAGAACAAGACGUACAGGAUGAAAGGUGACGAUAGUGAUGAUGAGGAAGAUGAUGAGGAGGAAAACAGCGAGGAUGAGAGCGACGAGGAUGGCUUGGACAAUGAGCCAGAUAUCGUGGGCGAGAACAUGGACAAGAAAUAUACCAUCGAUGACCUCGGCCAGCUAACAGUAGUUAAGUGCCAUGUCACUCCAAGCAAUAUCCUCGAGGAGAAAUGGAAAAAGCCGAUUCUAAAUGGUGGCAUCCCGGAGGAUGACAAAUCUCAUACGGUAUUUCAACAUUGUGUUGUGGACAACGAUGUGGCCAGUCUAAAUAUCCUCAUUGACAUCGCUCAGUACUGGGCUGGCCAGACACUCGAUGAUGGUGAGGAGGAAGAGACCCACGGUGUCUUCACGUUCCCCGAGCUGGAAUACAGAGACGCUAUUCAAAAUGGACACACGGAGCUGGCCAGCCUGAUGAUCAAGCACACUGGCGCGGGAAUCCCCCUUAACAGCUUCAUUAAGGGCUCUGGUAUCAAGCUGGACCAAAAGCCCAAGUUCUACCAAGGUCUUACCGUCUACGGAAAGAAGAGGAAAGAUUGGGCGAAUAAGGGUCGCAAUAUGAUCGCCAGGGCAAGCGGCUUGAAGACCCCUCCGCUGCUCUACGCUGCUCUCGGUGGAUCCCUCGAGAGCGUCCAGUUCUUCCUCAGCGAUGUUCCUCAUCGCCUAUAUACCGAAUUCUCAAAGACUGAGACGGCGUUGCUUGAUCCUAGAAUUCAGCAUCUAACGCAACAGCAGGGCGCAUUCGACCGGGCUGUCGGGAAAUGGCUUGGCAUUGAUGACACUGACGCUCAACUCUUUUGCUCCAAUCAAGCGGACUUCAUCAUUCAUUGUGCAAUAGUAUCCCCUCCAAAGGGACGUCAAAUCGAGCUACUGCAUUACCUCGUCAAGACCUGCCCCAGUGCCAUAGAAAAGAAGGAUUCGAAUGGAAACACGCCUCUGAUGAACGCUGCCUUCCUCGGCCGUGUUCCCUUUGUGAAGAUCCUGAUCGAGGCCAACGCUGACCAAUCAGUCCGCAACUCCAACGGGGAAAAUAUAAUACAUCGUGCCUUGGACGAAAGCCCCAAAGCGAGCGAGUUUCGGUCAUUCCUGGAGCUUUUGGAUUCACAUUUACUUAGGCAUCUGUUCUUGCAGCGCAAGAGUCUCUCUGAGGAUGGAAGUAACCCCGUGCAUUCCUGGAUAUCGAAGAUUUCCGGCUCGAAGUACGAGCAGGAGAGCUCGGACACCUACUUCUUCUAUGGUAGACCGGAAGAAGACUACGAUACCGAGGAAUCUUCUGCUCCCUACAAAGAUGACAAGCCGGGCCUUGUUGAGAUGUUACAGCUGCUUCUUGAGUCCUCCAAGGGCGAGGGGCUGGAAAUGUUCAAUGGUGCCGGAGAUACAUGUCUCCAUACAGCCGUUAUGAAUCGGCAGCUGGCCAUCACCAAGACAUUGAUUGAGUUCAAGCCGAGUCUAAUCUACAGGGAAAACGCGGUCGGCCGCACCCCUCUAGAAGUCGCUCGGGAUAUCGUCACCGCCAGCAAGUUGGCCCGGCCGCGACAGAUUGAGCUGUCCCGCCCCGAGCCAGGGGACAGAAAGGCCCCGUUGGAGUUUGGCGAUGAAAACGCUACUCCUGUCCCUUCCCCUGGUAGAAGCGGCGAACCUCGAGCAGCGACUGUGAAUGUCGAGGAGCUUGGACUGGGUGAGAAAUACAGCGAAAGGGUUCUUGCUAUAAUUUCCUGGCAGGUUGGGUUAGGUGGUACGCCUGUCAAGCCACCCAAGGAAUUGACAAAAAGGUUGAGUAAGGCUGUUAUUCUGGACUUUUGCGCCACCGGUGCGAACAACAAUCCGAUGAAGCGUCGUCUCGUUUCACUGAACGAGGCCAACGAUGUAGCAAGGAGAUUGGGCGAAAUGAAGGCUCGUGCCGUCAAGCAAAGAGAAGACAAGAAGGGCAAUGACAACGGAGAUGAGGAUGACAAUAAAGCGCCGUCUACUGAAGAGGCCAUCUCCUUCCAGCUGGAAAAUGCGAAGCGUUGGUCUAAAGCUCUGGAGGACUAG